CAAUAAUAUUCUAAUACAUGCCAUAUUCCAAUCGGGGAUCACGAUUGUCAAAAAUCCAUCCAACAUUCUUUGUUUAUUUGAAUUUGUUUUGUAGUAAACAGUUCGCUAUCGAAUCGAUCAGAAUAAAAAAAAAUAUUGUCUCCCAAUAAUUUGUGUUUCCGUUCAAAAUGGGAACAACACAAAUUUAGCUUCUCAAAAACAAUUUUGAAUCGAAGAAAAAAGUUGGAAAUUUUUUCAAGUAUUUUGGUGCAGUAAGCAAAAGGGUAAAAGUGAAACUUUAUCGAAAAGAAAAGGAUGUGACGUGUAUUACGAAAUUGAAUGAUAACAUAUAUGAAUGUAACACGAAGUUCAUUCGGUACUUUGCUAGUGUCAUUCGACUUUUUUUUCGCUGCAAAUGCAAUUCAUUUGUCAACAGUUGAAAUCAAGAUUUAUAUCAUGAUUUAAGUUUAUCAUAAUUUUUAGCAUGCAAAAUCAAUUUUUCUACAAGUUUGUUUGCGAUUUAUAUAACAUUUUUUUUGCUGACGGGGUGGAAUUUAGAUAACAAUUCAAUAUGAAAAUGAUUUACUGGAAGAGUUAGCAUUCAAAUCAUAUGAAUUUGAUGAUGAAGUCUCUGUGUCAAAUAGAACGACAAAUGCAGUGAAAGAGACAGUUGUGAACAACAUUCAACCAAUACAACAGAAAUUACUUCGCAUGGAACGUGAUUAUGCGAAACGAAUGAAAAUUCAAGAAAUUUGCUACAAAAAGAAAUUGAAUCAUUUGCAAAAGAAUAUCAUGGAUUUAAAACGUCAAAUGGAUGUUAAAGAAGGAAAAGCGUCAAAUAAAGAUGCAAGUAAAACUGAUGGAGAAGAAACUUCCCGAUCAACCUUGAAGGGUCUUGUCGCUCAAAUUCAUCAAUUGCAACAGGAAGUUAGAGAAAAGGAAAUACUUAUUAAGCGCAAUGAGAUCAGCUUUAAUUUUAAGAAUGAUAGUUUAAAUCAGAAGGUCAUUCGAUUGGAGAAGUUGGUCGAACAAGAAAAACGUUUGAAUGCAAAUUUGAAGGCAGAGAUUGAGUGUUGUCGAAAAGAAUCGAAACAAAUAAAAGAAUCAUCAUUACUGAAAGGCAAAGAUCAAAUAAAACAGCUAAGCGACUCAAAACGGCAAAAUGAAGAAUACAUUGAGCGAUUAGCGAAACAGAAUGAAGAAAUCCAACGGUUAAAUUCAAAAUUGAAAGAUGCCACUAUGAUAAACACACAAUUAAAUGAUGAACUCAAUGAAAAGACUGAACAAAUAUGCCAGUUACACAGUGCAAAUUCAAAAAUGUCAAUAGAAAUGACGAACUUGGUGUCGGUGAUAAAAAAUGAUCAAGAGAAUGCAAGCCAUUUGUCACUGCAAUUAGCCACGGAGCGCAAGAAUACAGAUUCGACAUCAAAAUCACUCAUAAAAUGCGAGGAAUUACUAAAGAGAUUCACCGACAAGAGUGAACAAUUGAGCCGAGAAAAAAUCGUACUUUGUGAUAAUGUAGCUGAACUCAAAACAUUGAUGACUGAAUCGCAAAAACGUGAAGAUCUUUUAUCUCAGGAAAUCAAAUCUUUAACCGAUCUGUUAAGAGAAGCACAACACAAUCUUAAAAUCUCCAAUGAAAAAAUUCAUCAUCUAUCGAUGUAUCAACAUAAGUUUGGUGAUUUGAAGAAAGCACACGAGCAAUUGUUGCAAGAUAUCGCCAUAAAGUCGGCAAAUGUAAAAACAACCGAAUCAAAUUUCAAAAAAUUGCAAAAUUCAUAUGAUCUAUUACUAUCGGAUUUUAAGUAA